CUCGCUUCCGAUGCCGGAGAUUUUCGACUGUUGUGACGAUAACAAACCCAAUCAAUGAACGUGACCUCGAGCGUCCACCGCCAGUACUUUUUCGACACAUCUCAUCGUUUUCGAUAGCGACAUCUUGGCCUUUUCCAGACACGCUCCCUGCUUGACUCACCUCAGAUUCGUACCAUCACAAGCCGCAGAGCGUGUAUCAAACCUGAAGCCUAGGACGGCAAUUUCUUUGGUUGCCAACGCUUCCCAGAGUCGAGCGGCGAAUGACCUAAUACAGAGACAGAAUGUGGAUCAAAUCCAUAAGGACUCGGAUUUCGGAACUUGGGCCACUAGGAGAAGAUACACUCCGUUUGCCAUGCAGCUUAAACGCGAGCGGGGCGACGAAUCCUAUGACUUCCUAGCGAAGUACGCAAUCAUAUAUAUGACAAACUUCCAGAAGAGGCUCCCCUCAGCUGCAGUUUCUGGUCAGAUGCCGCUCUUUAGAUCCAUUCAUGUCACUAAAUGUAGUCAUGCCGCUGCCUCUUUCUCAGGCUCAGCCUGGCUGCCCACUAGUCCUUUAAAUUUGCUCCAAAUACAUCGGGUGUCAUACCCAGAUUUGGCUUGAAAUAUUUAUUAGGUGGACCAGUUCGGUUACUUUUAGAAUCCUCGAGGCUUUCGAGCUUCCAAGUAGAGCUAUGUAGCUCAAGGAUCGACUUCAAUUCCGACAGCAGCGUGGACCAAACUUGCCUAUUUACAUAAUGCCAACAAUUGGAGUCCUCAACGGGUUUUGAUUAUUCAAUCCGAUGGUUUGCCUUGAUGUGGUCUUGUUCGCUCAAUAUGCAUAUUUUUGGAAUUGGUACAGGCAAGUUUCGAAACAAAAACGGCUUAGAUGAUCGGCUGCGCAAUUGUAUAACUUAGAAACGGUGUUAGACGUUCUCCACUGUUCCAGGAGCCUCAAAAAUGUCGCCCUCAAUUUGUAUCUCUGGUCCGCAACGUAUCUGGAAUCCAGUUUGCGAGCUAGUCUGGCUAGAUUUGGAGACCGACCGAACCUUUCCCUCCUUUGGCAGGCUGCCCAACCCUUGCAGAGACUCAAAGACAUUUGGGAAAUAAGUGUUCGGGCGAGUGACGAAGUCGAGAGCACGUCGAGAUCAGAUGGAGUAAAGACGUGGUAACACAAGACCCCCAAGUCCGAUUGUUCUAUGGAAAUCAUUGUUCUCUCCAAAGAUGUUUACACUCCCUUCAAUCUUUCUUUGUUCUACUAGACAGAAAUGGAGAAAAAGACCAUAAAACCGACAAUGAGUUAUUGUCUGAUAUGCCGAAUAAAGACUGCUACUCGACCUAUUUCUUGGCCUCCUUGCCAAACAUUACUCGUCUACCUCCUUUUUUAUGCCAUAAACUUCAUGAUCACGAUACCAACGGAAAUAUAGAACAUUAUUGGAUUGCUUCAAACACCACUAUUCGUACGAGUUUAUCAUCAGCUCAGAGUACCAUAAAACAUCGAUUGCUGGCAAUGGCGUCAAUACGCAAACGUCCUAACACACAACUUCAAAACAAAAUCUCGCAGAUGAGACUCAAGCUUGCGCCCAUCUAUCCACUCCCAUCCGGACCACCGCACCCCGCCUAUCCUAAAACUCUGCUACAUUAUUGGCUACUCACUGAGUCGCAACUCGACGCAUUGGCACAAUACUACCACCAAAUAUCACCCGGAAACCCCUGGCGUCUCCAAUACCCAGCCUGCAUGAAUUGGGACAGGGAUUUCCUCGCCGUGCCACACUCUUCGAUGGGCGAGGAGGAAAGAAGAGCGUGCUUAUCUCCAGAAGAGAGAUUGGCCAUCAAGAGGAGAAUGUUUGGGAAGUUUAUUGGCUUGAGGGGGUGUGAAACACCAAUGAUUGAGGUUGAGCAGCGGGUGAAGCUGUUGGAGAGAAAGCUCAAGUUGGCGACCACGAGAGCAACGAAAUGGCCGUCGUAUUUCUGAUGAUGUGAUAUGAGAUGGUAAAAAGGAGAUUUGCACUUCUCUUCACUUUGGACCUCCUCUCAUUUCAGCAUGUGCAGGGCUAUCAACAGUCUUUGAAGAUAAUCGGUCUUCCAAGUCACUUUCAAACUAACGCUCAAAAUCUUAAGAACUAGGCGCG